GACGAUCUUUUCGGGGCGGAAACAAAAGUUGGGAAACUUUGGUUCCGCCCGGAUGUUUCCGCCCAGACCGAGAAGAGGAAACACCGGACAUCCGGUAGCAUCACAAGGGCUGUAAUCAGCGAAAUAGAGCGCAGCUGUGGGCGUUUAGGAAAAACGCCGGUUGAUUGGAGGAUUACAGCAUACAGAGGAGUAUUUUAGGACAGUGCAAACCACAGUUCUGGAGUUCGGGCACGAGAAGGGAGCGACGCGGGGAAAGCUCCUCUGCCUAGGGCAGCAAACAGAUACGCACCUUUUGAAGAGCCCGCAGGCUCUGUUGAUCCGGGCUGCGCUUGGAGCGCGCGGAGAGAAGACAGGAGCUGCCUGGGGUGAAAGGAAGGCGAUGCGUGGACAGAGAAAAAGGAGCACCCCGAAGAGAGCAGUGUGUGUCACAUUUAGUGUGCGUUAGUGUUGAGCUGAAGUACGGAGCUGUGCUCGUCCGUUACGCUUGGCAGUUGGUUGCACUUUCUCUCUUUCCCUCUCAUAGUUCUCAGUGGAUGCUACCGUAAGCAGAAACCCUGUGGGUAGAAGAAGACAACGGUAAAUGUGACACGUUUGGAGUAACCAAGGAUUAAGGAAACGAAGCUGGUUGUAAACUGUUUACCAAGGAGAUCGCUGUGAGUAUCGGCUCUAGAUUUGAUCUGAAACCAUAGCUGCCAACUUGUGUGUUAUUGAACGCUCUAGGAAGAGGAAAAGCGGCCCUACCCCCGAUCGAGCGUGGUGGGCGAGCCGCAGGAAUAAGUGGAUUACAUCGCCAUAGCAGCAGACCCAAAAGCUCCGGCCGUAGUGUCAUCGCCCCCAUCGGCCCUUAGCGAAGUGGAAGACGCUGGGCGUCGCGUGUGUGCACCUGUAGAGUGGUGGAGUGAAGGGCGAAGGAGUUCCGCCGCCCCGUGGUCUCUACAAAGGGGCGCCCCUGUCUGGUAUUCGAUCGGCCUACGGGCAUUGAGGACAGGGCAGCGCUCGGCCCGGUGAGACGGUGUGACGAUUCGCCCCCCCUGCUGACCAACGGACUCGCCGAGAGGGUUUUUGCCCCCGGCGCUCCUUUAGGAAGAUCGUCGCCGUUUGCCUUCUGUGCAGGCCAGUUGUCGUAAGCCGCCCUGAGUAUUGUCGACCGAAACACCGUAUAGCGAGCUGAGGAAAAGCUGCGCUACCCCGAGUUGUAAACAGCAGAGAGGUGAGAAGUACCCAAGUUGCACUAACUGUGUUAUUGUAUCCAAGCUGCCUGUAAAGGAAGAGAGAACAAGAGUGAACGUCAGUAGAACGAACUGUGGACAGUCACACACGCCUGAGCUGUAAACAGCAGAGAGGUGAGAAGUACCCAAGUUGCACUAACUGUGUUAUUGUAUUCAAGCUGCCUGUAAAGGAAGAGAGAACAAGAGUGGACGUCAGUAGAACGAACUGUGGACAGUCACACACGCCUGAGCUGUAAACAGCAGAGAGGUGAGAAGUACCCAAGUUGCACUAACUGUGUUAUUGUAUCCAGGCUGCCUGUAAAGGAAGAGAGAGAGAACCAGAGUGAACGUCAGUAGAACGAACUAUGGACAGUCACACAUGCCCGAGCUGUGAACAGCAGAGGGGCGAGAAGUAUCCAAGUUACACUAACUGUGUUGCUGUGUCCAAGCUGCCUGCAAAGGAGGAGAGCCUGGAGUGGCCGUCAUUUUAAGCCCCCCCCCCCCCUUUUCCUUUCCCUAUUUAUCCUUUUUAAGUAAAUUAAAUAAAGUAUCUUUUAAAUUAUGUUUACCUUGUGUGUCUGGUCAUUGGGGUGGCUUUGGGAAUCUCCUCGAGGUGGAGAAAGGGGCGUGACCCUAUUUACAUCUGGGUCCACCCCGACUUGUGACAGAUUUGGCGUAGUCGGCAGGAUUCCACCUCGAGUUGAGUAACCAGACUAGCCCAAUGACCGACAACGCGGGGCCCGCAGCCCAACCCCGUGCGGUGCCUGUUUUUAUGGGCAGCCCUUGGAUCCAGAAGUAUGGAGGGACAGAGUCGGGAGUACGGCUAACGGAAUGGAAGGCUCAGUUAGAGUAUUUAGCCGACCUACAAGGCCUUAGUGUAGCUCAGCGGCUGCAGUUUGUGCUGAACUCCCUAGAGGGAGAAGCGCGGCGAGAAGUACAGGCCGCCCCUGAAGCUGUCCGAACCAGUGCCCAAACUAUAUUCCAGUUCCUCACCGAGCAAUAUGGUGACCACACCCCCGUAGCCGUCCUCCGUUCCCAAUUUUUUAAUCUUAAACAAGGCCCCCGACAACCCAUUAGAGCGUUUGCCCUAAGACUGCGUGAACAGUUCACCCGGCUACAGACCCGCCGCGAUCAUGGGCUGGGCGACGGAGAGACUUUGUUGCGCGACCAGUUCCUUCUGGGGAUGAAAGAGGGCCCCGUGAGACAGAGCCUGAGGGUCCAGUUUCGGAGGGACCCCGGCCUCACAUUUGAAGAUCUAAGGAAGGAGGCGCUAGCUCUGGAGGGCGAUGAGGUGGAGGUGAGUGAGACCCCAGUAUGCGCGGCUGUAAAUGAGAGCGUGCCAACACAGCCAGAACGCGCGGAUUGGAAGCAGGCUCUGAAAGCAGAACUCUUGAAGGAUGUCCGGGAACAGAUGUCAGAAUUAUCUAGUGCUCUGUUGGGAGAGCUGCGCCAAGGUAAGGCGCGGGAGGAACCAAGGCCGGCACCCUGAGAGCGAGCAUACUCGGAGAGGAGCCGAGAGCCACCUGGACGCAGCCGGGAGCCACCUGGACGCCCAAACCGCUAUGUUCGGCCCCGUUUUGAGUGGGAUGAGCAGGGACGGCCGAUCUGCAACCGGUGUGGUGAGCCAGGACAUUAUAGCCGUCAGUGUGGGCCCCGCAGGGCAUCAGAGGGGGGUUUUUAGGACGACCGGCCACAGUGGGUCGUGUGGCCGGGACCCCUCGAGAAGACCCGGGAAGAAGGGACAGCUCUAGGCAACAGAUGGUCGGGCAUAGCCCGGUGGCAGAAGUAAAAGUGUGUGGCAAAUGGAUUCAGUGCCUGGUAGACA